AUGGCUAUCUUUACGGGCCUCCCCUCGGACGAGAAAAUCGAGGCCUUUGAGAAUGUGAUUCUCCAGGGAAGCUAUCAUAUCAACAACCGAGCUCUGAUUCGUGAGGCUCUGCAAGGCUAUGCUCUAUUCAAUGCCGGCGCCGAUAAGGUCCUCGCCUUGGCUGGCAACAUAACUCUGAGGCAAAUUCUUGUCGACCAGGGCCGAGACAGAAACAAGUCCCCAGGAGCGAUCCAAAAUGUCAUCACCAAGGUGGCCUCCAACAACAACUUGAGGGACCGUGCCAUUGCCAUUGGUCUUGAUCACUUCCUCGUCAAGAAUCCGGGCCAGUGGGGCGUUAUGGCUGGCAUAAAUGUUAUGGCUGGCGCUAUGGAAGCCAUCGUCGGUGCUGUCUACUAUGACUCCAACAAGAACCUCGAUGAUUGCGAAAGAGUCAUGGCUGCCCUCGGCCUCUCUUGGCCCGAGUGA